GCCUCUGCUUCCGAGUACCACGGGCACGGAGAACGGUGACAAGGCGACCGACUCCUUUGCCAGUCCCUUUGCAGUAAAUGCUCCAAGUUCCAUCCUCUGCUUUAGUUUUGGAAUCCUUUGCUGCGUCGAACGGCACCUACGUUCCCAGUAUUGCCAGCGCUAUGAGCCCUUCUUUUCUCCCCCGUCUCAUUUGGGAUCUCUACCUCGAAUAUCUCUGGUAUUACUCCCCCAACUCAUGGGUCGCCUGCAUUGCCUAUGGCUUUCGCAUCAUCGCCAUAUUCCUUGUAUCUCCUAUUGUGAUUAUCACUCUGCUCGAUCUCGCGUCAUAUGGUGUUGCUCGCACCCUUGGCAUCGUUGAUGCCGUCAAAGCUUCCACCAGUGAUUCUGCCUCAGCUGGUCUCAACGCUCCCGCCUUAAACGUCGACGAUGUCACUCCGCUCGACUCGCUCGAUACAUCAUCACCUCAUGCCUAUUUCACGUCAGACGAAAAUAAAUUGUCUGGGGUUGAUGGAUUAUCACCAGUUGUUUCCAGAGCCACAUCUCCUACUAUCACUCGACGUCAAUUGCCUGAGGAAGAAGCUAGAGUCAUUAGUGGGGAUGCUGGUGGAGAUGAAGUACAUUUGAGGAGACGACAGAACCAGGCGGAGGACACAGAAUGACAUGAUGUGCAAUGAUGGAAUAUUCUACGAAAUACAUGGCAGUACAGUAUGGUACAUAUAUACAUAAACAUGUUGCUCUACCAUCCGAACCGAAGCUGAUCUCGAGUGAACGU